UGUCACGGCGAUGUUAUGAAACUUCACCCAACAGGCGCUAGUAGUAGAACUGCUUCUCAAGAUGGUAUCCAUUAUGGAGGUGCACAGGCUUCUUACAAAAUGUUGGACAAUGACCUUGCAGAAUUGAACAAGAGAAAAUCAUGUUAUGUACAAGCGGGUACAAACAACUGUGUCCAUCCAGCAGUAAUCGCUGCCGUUGCCAGCAGAGAAACAAGAGGUGGUAAGUUAUUGUAUAGAACUGGAGGCUGGGGAGAUAAUCACAGAGCUUGGGGUAUUAUGCAGUGUGACUUACACGCAUCUGGUCUUGGUUCUCAAUGUACUAAAUAUGGAUGGGAUAGUUGUGCUCACAUAGAUAUGAUGACACGAGUCAUCUUAGUUCCAUAUAUGGAUCAAGUUAAAAGAAAACACCCAACUUGGUCUGCUGAAAACCAACUGAAAGGUGGUGUAUCAGCCUAUAACGCCGGAGUAGGUAAUGUAGGCACCGUAGCACGUAUGGAUAUUGGUACAACUGGUAAUGAUUACAGUAAUGAUGUAAUUGCUCGAGCACAGCGACUGAUAACAUCACAUGGAUGGUAA